GACCUGAAUACCAAGUGCAUCGUGGAGAUGGAAGGGAACCAGACUGUGCUUCACCCUCCGCCUUCCAACACCAAGCAGGGAGAAAGAAAACCACCUAAGGUGUUUGCCUUCGAUCACUGCUUCUGGUCCAUGGAUGAAUCAAACAUCACAAAAUAUGCAGGUCAAGAAAUGGUGUUCAAGUGCCUUGGAGAAGGAAUUCUUGAAAAGGCCUUUCAGGGAUAUAAUGCUUGUAUUUUUGCCUAUGGACAGACAGGUUCAGGAAAAUCCUUUUCAAUGAUGGGCAGUGCAGAGCAGCUGGGUCUGAUCCCACGGCUCUGUUGUGCUUUAUUUCAGAGAAUCUCUGUGGAAGAAAAUGAAUCUCAUACUUUUAAAGUCGAAGUGUCCUAUAUGGAAAUCUACAAUGAGAAAGUCAGAGAUCUGCUUGACCCAAAAGGGAGUCGGCAGUCCCUUAAGGUUCGAGAGCACAAAGUGUUGGGACCAUACGUAGAUGGCCUGUCUCAGCUGGCUGUUACAAACUUUGAGGAUAUUGAGUCACUGAUGUCAGAGGGAAACAAAUCACGAACAGUUGCUGCAACCAACAUGAAUGAAGAAAGCAGCCGCUCUCAUGCUGUAUUCAAUAUUAUAGUGACUCAGACACUUUAUGACCUGCAUUCUGGUAAUUCUGGAGAGAAGGUCAGCAAGGUCAGCCUGGUAGAUUUGGCUGGGAGUGAAAGAGGGUCCAAAACAGGAGCUGCAGGAGAACGCCUGAAGGAAGGCAGCAACAUAAACAAAUCACUUUCAACACUGGGCUUGGUUAUAUCAUCACUUGCUGACCAAGCAGCAGGAAAGGGGAAAAACAAGUUUGUGCCUUACAGAGACUCUGUACUCACUUGGCUUCUCAAGGACAAUUUGGGAGGAAACAGCCAAACUGCCAUGAUAGCCACAAUUAGUCCAGCAGCAGACAACUAUGAAGAAACACUCUCUACUCUGAGAUAUGCAGAUAGAGCCAAAAGAAUAGUUAAUCACGCUGUGGUGAAUGAAGAUCCAAAUGCUAGGGUCAUCAGAGAACUACGUGAAGAAGUUGAAAAACUGAAAGAACAGCUCUCACAAGCUGAGGCCAUGAAGGCACCAGAAUUGAAGGAGAAAUUGGAAGAAUCUGAAAAACUAAUAAAAGAACUAACAGUCACCUGGGAAGAAAAACUAAGGAAGACAGAAGAAAUUGCACAGGAGAGGCAAAGACAGUUAGAGAGCAUGGGAAUUUCCCUUGAGUCUUCUGGUAUCAAGGUUGGGGAUGACAAGUGUUACCUGGUGAAUCUGAAUGCGGACCCUGCGCUCAAUGAGCUUUUGGUUUACUACUUAAAGGAUCACACAAGAGUUGGUGCAGAUACCUCUCAGGAUAUACAGCUCUUUGGUAUAGGAAUCCAACCAGAACACUGUGAGAUUGAUGUUGCUUUAGAUGGAGAAGUUACACUCACACCAAAAGAAAAUGCAAGAUCCUGUGUAAAUGGUGCACUGGUAUGUUCUGUCACUCAGUUAUGGCAUGGAGAUAGAAUACUAUGGGGAAACAACCACUUUUUUAGAAUCAAUUUACCAAAAAGGAAACGACGAGAUUGGCUGAAAGACCCUGAGAAAGAAACAUCAUUAGGAGAGCAUGAUCUGGAUGCAGCUAGUGAAGCUUCUUCAGAACCAGACUACAACUAUGAGUUUGCACAAAUGGAAGUUAUUAUGAAGACACUGAAUAGUAAUGACCCAGUACAAAAUGUGGUCCAGAUUUUGGAAAAGCAGUACUUGGAAGAGAAGCGGAGUGCUCUUGAGGAGCAGCGGCUGAUGUAUGAACGUGAGUUAGAGCUGCUGCGGCAGCAGCUAUCUCCAGAAAGGCAGCAUCAGCAUGGCAGUGACAGGCUCUCCUACACUGCACAGACUGCACAACAGAAAGUAAAUCUCUGGACAGAAGAGAGGGAUGAAUUGUUUCGACAGAGCCUGGCUAAACUUCGAGAGCAGAUAGUAAAGGCGAAUACACUGGUGAGAGAAGCAAACUUCUUAGCAGAAGAACUGAAUAAGCUAACAGAUUACCAAGUAACACUUCAGAUCCCUGCUGAAAACCUCAGUGCCAACAAGAAGAGGGGUGCAAUAGUAAGUGAGCCUGCUAUUCAAGUGAGAAGAAAAGGCAAAGGUACUCAAGUGUGGACCAUUGAGAAACUAGAGAACAAAUUGAUUGACAUGAGAGACGUCUAUCAAGAGUGGAAGGAAAAAAUUCCUGAGAUCAGGAAGCUGAUUGGCAAAAGGGGUGAUCCUUUUUAUGAAGCACAGGAGAACCACAACUUAAUUGGUGUGGCCAACGUGUUUCUGGAGUGCCUUUUCUAUGAUGUUAAGCUGCAGUAUGCUGUGCCCAUCAUCAGCCAGCAAGGAGAGGUUGCAGGACGGUUGCAUGUUGAAGUAAUGCGAGUUACGGGGUCUGUCCCAGAACGUGUAGGAGAAGGAGAUGAUUCAUCAGAGAACUCCAGUGAGAGUGGGAGUCUGGAAGUCAUGGAUAACAAUGGAGAAAUUAUUCACAGAGCAAAAAAGCUCUCCUGCAGGGUAAAAAUAAAAGAAGCAACCGGACUGCCACCUAAUCUCUCCAACUUUGUUUUUUGUCAAUAUACAUUUUGGGAUCAAUGUGAGUCUACAGUAGUGGCACCAGUGGUAGAUCCAGAUGUGCCUUCACCUCAGAGCAAAGAUGCUCAUUUUACAGUGACCUUCUCUCACUGCAAGGACUAUGUGGUGAAUGUCACAGAGGAGUUUUUGGAGUUCAUUUCAGAAGGAGCUCUUGCUAUUGAGGUGUGGGGUCACAGAUGUACUGGCAAUGGCAGCUCUGUUUGGGAAGUUGAUUCUCUUCAUGCUAAAACUAGGACACUGAGAGACAGAUGGAAUGAAGUAACUCGAAGAAUAGAAAUGUGGAUUUCCAUACAAGAAUUGAAUGAGAUGGGAGAAUAUACUGCAGUUGAACUCCAUCAGGCAAAAGAUGUUAACACAGGGGGAAUUUUCCAGCUUAGACAGGGUCAUUCUCGCAGAGUUCAGGUGACGGUGAAACCCGUCCAACAUUCAGGAACAUUGCCUCUCAUGGUAGAAGCAAUUCUUUCAGUCUCUAUAGGUGGUGUGACUGCCAGAUCAACCAAACUGCAGAGGGGCUUGGACAGCUACCAGAAGGAGGAGGAUGAUGGUGGUGAUAUGGAUAGUUACCAGGAAGAAGAUUUAAACUGUGUGCGAGACAGGUGGUCUGAUGCAUUGAUAAAACGCAGAGAAUACUUAGAUGAGCAGAUUCAAAAGAUCAGCAAUAAACAAGAAAAAUCAGAGGAUGAUCUAGAACGAGAAGCCCGGCUGGUCGAACAGUGGGUAGGGCUGACGGAAGAGAGGAACGCGGUGUUUGUUCCAGCACCAGGCAGUGGAAUUCCCGGUGCCCCUGCAAAUUGGAUUCCACCUGCAGGAAUGGAAACACAUAUACCCGUCCUCUUCCUUGAUUUGAAUGCUGAUGACCUCAGUGCCAAUGAACAACUUAUAGGUCCCCAUGCAUCAGGAGUUAACUCAAUACUACCAAAGGAGCAUGGGAGUCCAUUCUUUUAUCUGCCGAUCAUAAAACACAGUGAUGAUGAGGUUUCAGCCACUGCUGCUUGGGACUCUUCUGUCCAUGAUUCAGUGCACCUGAAUAGGGUAACUCCUCAAAACGAGAGAAUUUACUUAAUAGUGAAGACUACUGUGCAGCUCAGCCAUCCUGCUGCAAUGGAACUGGUAUUACGCAAAAGGAUUGCAGCCAAUAUUUAUAACAAGCAG